AUGGAAAGGCGUACAAGAAGGCGCAGAACUGAAAGUGUGUGGACAACCCUUUCAACCAAUUGCAAUUGCAAUGAAGAAGAAGAAAAACAAAGCUGUGUUGUUGAUCUUCCAUUCUCCAUCGUUGUUGAUAUUCUUUCGGGGCUUCCAAUCAGGACUCUCUUGAAAUGCAGGAGCGUUUGUAAAACCUGGCAACACUCAAUCUUGGGAGACCCUUAUUUUGCGAGAGACGUCAUUGUCAACAAUAUUGUGAUUCCGGUUGAAGGAUCUCUCUAUUUGCUUGAGCUCGGAGAGGACUCCAAUUAUGUUCAUCGACCUCACUGGCCAAUUAGUCCAACUACAGGGCGCUGCAAAGUCUUAAGAUUUAGUUAUCCCAAUCAUUACUCGAAUGUGGUUGAGGUUUAUACUCUUGGAACUGAUACAUGGAGAUAUGUUGGGGAGGCACCAUCGCCAACACAUGGAAUUGAGUGGUGUGAUGUCACUCUAAAUGGGGCUGUUCAUUGGAUUGAUCUGGGGUUUACAAAUAUCUAUUCGUUUGAUAUUGAUGAAGAGCACUCCAUUCUAUCCCAACUCUUCCUGAAUGGAGUAACAUAA